CUUUUCUUCUCUCAUUUUCAAUUCAUAAUAAAAAGGUUUCCAUAAAAAGAAAGAAAGCAUCCUACACAAUGUCAUCACUUCUCUACAUCUUCCUCUUCUUAACGGUGUUCAUCAGCCACCUUGGAGCCACCACCGAAGCCACCGUCGAACCAGUAAUCGACACAACAGGCAAACGUCUCCGAUCGGGCAUCAACUAUAAGUACUACAUCUUGCCUGUAGCUCGCGGCGGCGGCGGCGGAGGACUAACCAUAUCCAAAUCCGAAAACACAACCUGUAAGAAAAGUGUUAUCCAAGAAAAUUAUGAAGUCUCUCAAGGCCUACCGUUGAGUUUCUCACCAGCAGAAAAAUCAAAUACCAUCGGUGUCUCAGCUGAUCUGAACUUCAAAUUCUCUGCAACUUCGAUCUGGAAAUUAGACUAUUUCGACGAGGCGACUAACCAGUGGUACGUUUCAGCUUGCGGGGUUGCAGGGAAUCCGGGUCAGAAAACGGUUAGUAACUGGUUCAAGAUCGACAAAUUUGAAGAUGCUUACAAGAUCGUGUUUUGUCCAUCUGUCUGCAAUAUCUGCAAAGUCAUGUGCAGAGACAUCGGAGUGUUCGUCCAAGAUGGAAAGAGAAAACUUGUUCUAAGCGAUGUUCCACUAAAAGUUGUGUUCAAAAGAGCAUAAACUUCCACAAAAUUCACAAUGUUUUGUUUUCUUUUUACAGCACCACUAAUAAUAACAAAAUAAGGUUGGUUUUUCAA